GUAGUAUAUUAUAAUGUUAUCUAAAAUGUGAUGAGGAAUAAAUACUAAGUUACUAUAACUGCAGAACUGCGUAGUGAUUCAGUAUCCUGGUAUCUGAAAUAUCGAGUAUAUAGUGAUGUCAAGGUCAAUUAAUGCAAAUGAUUUGGGUCGGGUAGUUCGAGUGGAAUAUGAUUAUACUUACAAAUCCAAUGAUGGGAGAAAUAUUAAAAUAACGGAAGGAGAGGAGUACGUGCUUAUCAAAAAAUCAAAUGAAGAUUGGUGGCAAGUAGUUAAGAAAGAGCAAAAGAAGCCAAUGUAUGUUCCAGCAGCUUAUGUGAAAGAAAUGCAGCAGAAAAGAUUUUUAGACCAUCCAUUUUUCAAAAAAGCUCAUAAUGCAGUGCUGAAAUCACAGAAGAAAGAGAGUGAUGAGAAGAGAGAUGACUCAAAGCCAAAGAAAACUGUCAAAAGACUUUCUGAUGGACCAACCUCACAGGCAUCAAAAGAACGAAUGAUUGUUGUCACUGGAUCUAGAGAAGAUUUGAGUGUUUUAUCUGGAUUCUCACACACAUCAAAAUUUAGUGAGAUGCGGGCCAGCACCGAUUCACUCGAUAAAUUUAUUGAAAAUGAAAAUCCUUAUGAUAUUGUUCCACUUGAACCUCUCGCAAGGCCAAAGGAGAAAAAGACACAGGUUUCGUCUCGUUUACAAGUAAAACCAAGUGAUGCUCAAAACGAUGAAGAUCCAGAUUAUGAGAAUUUAUCUGAUUUUGUAUCAACAUCACCAAAUGCUGCUUACCAGCAACCUGAUAAAAAUAGUACUACAAAUAUGGAUUCAAAGAAAAGUGGUAGUAAAAGCCCUCCUGCUGUAUCAAAAAAGCCUUCAUUCCGACGUCCUGAUUUACCAGAUAGUAAUACACACGUAUAUGCAAACCUUCAGGGGAAAUCUGCAAUUAAGCCUGCGAUGCCAUCACAUCAUUCGCCACAAUCGUCCACCCUCAUUGAGGUUAUUGAAGAUGGAUGGGAGUUGCAUUUAGACAACGAUACUGGCAAUAGGUAUUAUUAUAAUCCAGCAAGUGGAAGCAUGAGCACGAAACCACCAAGAAGAAGUACAGAUUCAUUGAAGAAAUCUCAAAAAACCUCAAACAUAACAGAACAAAGUUCUCCAGAACCAGCUCCAAGAUCUCAUAAUAAAUCGCCUCUCAAUGCAGAAAGUAAAAGGGUUCUAAGGCCUUCUCCACUUCAACGAAGAAAAACUUCACCUGCAAGAUUUAAAAAUCCAGGCAAAGCUCCAUUCAUGCAAAGUAGGAUUGAUAGAAAAUCGAGAAAAGAUGAAGAAAACACGGAACCCAAUGAGAACAACAGCAAUAAUUUUCUUGUUGCUGAUGAGUUAAGUUCGAGUCCUGUGCGUGGCAGUGAAAAACAAGAGGAUUCUUUGCCAUCUUCAUUACCUCACAACCAUUCCAGAGGGUCAUCAGCUACGUCAAGGUCAUUAUCACCUAGUGCUGCCGUCUCACCCUACAAUCCUGUUGAAUCUCCAUCCCCUACUCCCGCAGGAUGGGUCAAAGAAACAAAUGUUGAUGGUGACACUGUUCUCAUUAACAGUGUAAAUGGUGAACGGUGGAAUCAGUUUUUCGAUACAGACAGUGGAAGCUUUUAUUAUUGUAACGAAGUAACCAGAGUUACAUUAUGGGAUUUACCAUUGAUUGAAAACCUUGCACAAAGUAACACAACUAAGGGUGGCGAUAUCGAAAACUCUGCUGAGACACCAAAGUCCAGAGGAAGAUAUUCUGCCAAACAUGAGCGAUCUUCCAGUGGGCCACAUGAUUCACCUUCUGCAUUGAGAGAUGCAAGAAAAUCAAGUAUACGAAAAUCAAAGACACUUGAUAGAGACAGUUACCUACCUACAGCAGACGGCGAGUUCGGUGAUCAAAAGUCUAAAUCAUCCUCACUUCCUUGGCCAAAGAAGAAAGCACCUAAGUCACCACCAACUCCUCCUUCGGCCAAUCUUAAACCAAGAAAGGGAAGAACUCGGGAUAAGAACGCAAACAAAAGAAUGUUGCACUCGCAGUCAAUGAUUCUUUUGGAUGGCAACACACACUCUGCAAAGUAUGCUUCUCCGUUUCAUCAAGACGAGUCUGAUCCAAGCGAGGCAACAGCACCAGGGAUUUUGACUGGACAACGAAACUUGUUUGCACCACCCCCUCAUCCAAUGAUAGAGCGACAAGGCAGAUUAAACUGGACCAAACUUGCUGAAGCGGGAAAAAAGAUAAGAAAAAAUUGGGUUCAACUUUGGGUUGUUUUAUUGUCGAACAACCUUUUAUUUUAUAAGGACCAGAAGCAGGCACAUAUGACCAAGGCAAACCCACUUGGAAAACCAGAAAGUAGUUGUGAAUUGAGAGGUGCUUGUGUGGAAUGGGCUAAAGAAAAGAGUAGCAAGAAAAAUGUGUUUGAGGUUAGUACUGUACGAGGUUUUUGCUUCCUUCUGCAACAGGAGGAUGAGAUUUUAAUAAAUGAAUGGUACAAAUCUAUCAAUACAGCAAUAAAUCGUGCGAAUAACAUCGAACCACUGGACCAGAGUCUUAUGCCAAGAAAAGAUAGUCACGGUAGCACAGAAGACGAGGGUAUGGAGAACAACAAUCAUCUGGAUGUAAAAGAUAAAAAGAAGAAAGAUAAAGACAAGAAAAAAGAUAAAAAGGGAAAACCACCAUCCAGGCAUGGAUCUGAUGCACGACAGUCAGACAAAGUACGCAGUAAACUGAAGAAAUUUAUUGGUAGAAGACCAACAAUGGAAAGUUUACAAGAAAGAGGUUUAAUUAAAGAAACAGUGUUUGGUUGUCCUCUCGAUAAAUUGUGUGACAAACAGGGAACGAAUAUUCCUUAUUUUGUCAAGUCAUGUGUGGAAGAAGUUGAGAAACGAGGUCUAAAUAUUGAUGGAAUCUACAGGGUUAGUGGGAAUUUAUCGCAUGUCCAAAAACUGAGAUACACUGUAGACAGAGAAAUACCAGUGAAUUUCAGUGAUCCUGAAUGGGAAGAUAUUCAUGUUAUUACAGGAGCUCUUAAGAUGUUUUUACGAGAAUUACCAGAACCUGUUAUACCUUUCACAUUCUUCGAUAAAUUCAUUGCUACAUGUAAAAUUUCUGACAAAAAUUCAAGGCAUGAUGCAACAAAAAGUUUAAUUCGAGCUCUGCCAAAACCAAACAAAGAAACAUUAAAAUAUCUAUUGCUGCACUUUUGCAAGGUUGUUGAACAUAGUGAAUCAAAUCGGAUGCAAGUUCAAAAUAUUGCCAUCGUGUUUGGACCUACAUUGUUAUUAAAACCACCUGAACUUACAAACCAUCAUGAUCCAGGCGGUGGACAUAUGGCAGUAUAUAUGAUGUAUCAGAAUCAAAUUAUCGAUUAUAUGUUAAGCGAAUUCAAAGCGCUUUUUUAGUACUUCAAGCUGCAUUGGCUAUCCCAGUAUUGCCAUCGAAACUACCUGCUCUUAGACAUAUUAGAAUAGCAAAUCGAGUAACUAUUACUGAGGAUAAAUUCACAUCAAACGGAUUUGAAAUUCCAUCUUUUCUGCAUAUGAAUCAAUAACUCAGGCAGAAAAUUAUCACAUGAAUGUAUGCAUGUUGGGAGCAUCAUAUUGAUUCAUAUCCAUGAAUUCAGAAAAGUUACAUAAAGUUGGCACCCCCGACUUUUUGGGAUAAAUCAUAUGACAUGGAUGAAUAAGACCUAGCAGUGUCUGUCCUUGAUGUGUGUAACGUGAAUGAUCGAAAAUAUCUAACAGGAUAAGAAAUAUAUUGAAGUCUUUGACCUCACUGUCCAGGAUAUCUUCAUAGAUUCCAGUGUCGCCACUGAUACAACACAGUCUCCUGCUUGUUUAAUGUUUUGUAAAUGUUCCUCCAUUGUACUCUAUAAAAUAAACAUUUUCCAUUUAUAUUAUAUUGUUUGGUUAUAAAUAAAUAAUGAUGCAUUUUUUUGAAUUUUCAGCAGUAUUUUUUUAUGUUGUUGGAAAGUCUAUUGAAUUAUAUCUUUACUAGAAUUUCCGUCUUACCACAUAUAUUGACAUGUACUGAGAUGUUAUUAAUGAUUCAGCUUUAUACACUCACUUAGCUGCCCAGUUGCUCAAUAUAUGAAUGAAAUAAGAAUCAAAAUCAAUAGGAUCCACUUUUCAUCUUGAAUAUGCAUAUAACAUGGGUUAUAGUAUUUCCAAAAGUACCUUCCGAAUAUUGCAAGCAAAUUCAAAUAGGAUUUUAACUGUCCUAUGUUAAGAUGCAAAUACUAAUAAUCAUUAGUUUAAACUAAAUUGAAACAGCACAUCCUAUAAUUUAUCCUGAAACAUUCCUAUAUUUUACACACCAUAUUCAGUAGGAUAUUUUUCAAUUCAAUUAUGGGGCGAAUAGAGUAGAAUGGGUUGCCCAUUUGUAGAAUAAUAAUUAGAUCUAUUGGUUUCAAUAGUCAAGUUUUUUGUCAUUUUGAUGGAUUUGUGCAAUUUUUGAGCACCAAUCACCGUACUAUCUAUGAUCCUUGCUCGUACACUAUGUGGCACAGUUUUCUCUUUGGUUGAUUAAAAGAGGUCACACUAACAUUUUGUUAAAAUACCCAUAUAAUCAGCAAGAAUCCAAUAGGUAGAAACUUUACCAAUGAUGCUUGCCAGAUAUUAUUAAUUCAACUUUAAUGUGGGCAACAUAGAGAAAAGUAAACCGCAUUACCUCAUUUCAAUUACGAGUUUUUCAUGUUGUUUUCGAAGAGAUCUGUUGGGCAACAAAACCAAGUUUAAAAUGAUGUUUUCUCCCAAAUAUUUGAUGUCCUAUUUUUAAUUUGUCCAAGUAAAUGUAAAUAACAAUUUUGUUCCAGUGAUGGAAUGAAUAUAUUUAUUUAUAAAUUUGAUAGUAUUUUUUGGGGUAUUUUUAUGUCAUUGAUUUAUGUAUUGAGUACAGGCCCAACUACUUUUCACAUCUCUGGUAGUAAAAGAUUAUUGUUUUUCAAUCAUAUAGCAAUUUUUCUUUUGUGAAAUCUCUCGCAUUGUGCAUUUCAACCGUGCUGGACAGAAAAUCUCUUCUGUUAUUUAUCUACAAAUCUUCUUGUGUAAAGUAUCAAUGUAUAUUUUCUACCAUAGAAUUAUCAGCUCCUAUUCAUUAAAAUAUGAACUAACAAAGGAGAAGACAAUUUUAACUAAAGCUAAUGUCUAUCUGUGGUCCUUUUUUUUCAGCUGAUGUCAGCUAUAUAUAUACACGAUGUAAGAUGUCCCCCUUUUUAUACUUUUUGAUUUAUAUAAACAUGCAUAGCAUAUUUACUUUACUAUUAUACCACUUGUUGAAAAAAAGUAAUUAUGUUUUUCGUUUUCUCUUGUUAUAAUCAGAAUGUUUUAUUGAACAAUAAAGUCUUUAACUUGG